CCCAGGCUAGCCUGAACUCACUAUGUUGUCCCAGGCUGGCCUGGAAAGAGUGGCCAUCCCCCUGCUUCACCCUCUGGAGUUACUGGGAUUACAGGUGUAAACCCCUAUGCUAGGGCGAGGACUGAGUGUUGAACCCUCCCUUUCUGCAAAGCCACCGUGAGCGAGCGCUUCUCGGCCUCAGUCUCUCCACCUGUGAACUAAAGAGCCUGUCUCUCAGGGCCAGAUGGACUGGGGAUGGAUGCUUAGGGUUUUACACAAUUUCUCGGUGCCGUCUAGCGCUCUCAGAACCUUCUAGUGCACUGUUCUGGUAGUUAGUGCGCUGGUUAGGGUCACAUGGGAGACAUGGUUGGUUCCAUCAACAUUGCUGGAGCCGGGGACCAGAGAGAUCAGAAACCGAGACGCUGGGUGGGUGACACCAGGGAGUCACUGCCUUACAGAUCUCCAAUGCAGCUUUGCAGCGCCCUCCCCAAGCCAACAUGAAUGCCGAGUUGGAGCUGCUGUGGCCACUGUCAGGACUGUUGCUGCUGCUGCUCUUGGGGACCACAGCUUGGCUGUGUGUCCAGUGCUCCCGCCCAGGGGUGAAGAGAAAUGAGAAAAUCUACGAGCAGAGGAACCAGCAAGAAAAUGAACAGAGCGUAGCCUCGUCUCAGACGUACUCCCUGGCCAGGCCGGUGCGGACAGGACUCCAGAUGGACGCAGCCUCAAACAAGUCAUUUGAGAGGAAGAACAAGCUGCUUUUCUCCCACCUGGAGGGUCCUGAGUCCCCUAGGUACCAGAACUUCUACAAAGGAAGCAGACGGGAGUCUGAUGCUGCCUAUGUAGAUCCCAUCCCCACGGACUACUACAACUGGGGAUGUUUCCAGAAGCCCCUAGAAGACAAUGAUUCCAACUCCUACGAGAAUGUGCUCAUCUGCAAGCCCAGCACCCCCGAGUCAGGUACUGAGGAAUCCGAGGAUUACCAGAACUCGGUAUCCAUCCUUCAGUGGCGAGAAUCCAAGAGGACUAUGGGUGCACGCACGUCCCCAUCAGGAAGCCCGGAUGAGGAACCAGAUUACGUGAAUGGGGAUGUGGCCACGGCGGAGAAAAUCUAG